AUGGCUUAUACCAGUCCACCCGCGCUCCCCCAGGAGCUCUGGGACUGCAUUGAGUCACAUCUAUCCAAUGCCGACAUAAAAUCUUUGCGCCUGACAUGUAAGCAAUUCAACAAUGCAGUGUUUCUUCGGCUCGAUCGUGUUUUCUUAUCCGCCAACCCCCUCAACAUUGAGGUCUUCCGCAACAUUGCAUCACACGACAAGUUCCGCCAUCAGAUCAACGAGAUUAUCUGGGAUGAGGCGCGCUUGCAUCGGGGUCCAGCACGAAUAGCUGAAACCAAUGAGGGACAUGAAUUGCUCUCGGACGAGGAUGAACCCGAUAAUAACAGAGAAUGGGCUGCGGAAUACUACACUCACUACAGAGAGGAGAUUACCGAGCGCCAUGAGUCUGAAGAGGGUGAAGGGUGUCCUAAAUGGUUCAAAAGCGGUUGUGAGGAAAACCUUUACGUUCUAAAAUACCGGGAACUCCGUGAUGUGGAUAGGCCCGACCAUAUCGCGCGCAGAGAACAAGUGUUCGCUCAGCCUUCCCUAAGGGAGGCCUGGCAACAUUAUCUGCAGUUGCUGCGUCAACAGAAGGAUGUUCUUGCCAGUCGGGGUGAUUUGGAAGCGUUCGCGUUUGGCGUCAAGCGGUUUCCUGCCUUGAAGAGAGUGACCAUCACACCUGCAGCCCACGGCAACCUCAUCAACCCGCUUUACCCGACCCCUAUGAUUCGUGCUUUCCCGAAAGGCUUUAAUUACCCCAUUCCUCGUGGUUGGUUGUACCCUAGAGCCACUAUGGCGCCCGCUACUCCAUAUCCGUGGAAUCAAUACCUAGAACUCAGAGGUCGGUACCGCGGGUUCCGCACGGCACUACGUGUCCUCGCCAACGAACCCAACUCUGUUUCUGAGCUGGUGAUGACUUCUAACUCUAUCCCCACGGGGAUUAACUGCACAAUCUUCGACGAGCCCUGCGAAGAGUACAAUCAUUUUGCUACCGUGCUUAAGAAGCCGGGCUUCCGCCGUCUGGAUAUUUCCUUACUUCUCGGUGGUGAGCGUGAGGAAGAUCUCGAAGCAUGCUGGCGAUCUCUGCUUAAUGGGCGUCUGCGCCGGGCACUCGGUGAAGCAAAAGAAAUGGAAGAGUUCAGGCUGCAUACAACAUUUGAUGAUGAGCUCUACCCUGACGGAGAACAUCCAUUGAUCCCAUUAGGGAGCAUUGUGCCUGUGGAACAGUGGUCGAAACUGCGCCAUUUCGAACUCUCCGGCUUUGUUAUCUCACAGGAUGACUGUGUCUCUUUCCUCAAGACGUUACCAAAAUCCGUUCGCUCCAUUGAACUCAGUAUGCUGCAAUUUCUUGGCGAUGGAGUCUGGUAUAGCAUGCUGGAAGAAAUCAAGCGAAUGGUAUCGGAGAGCACGCUAUGGGGAGGCCGGGUUGCGGGAUCAAGACCCAAAAUUACGAUCGGCGUGCCAAUCGCGGACGCGAGCCCUACAUAUGGACACGGUAUAUGGAUUGAAAAGGAGGUAGAGGAUUUCAUCUACGGUGAAGGAGGAAAUCCUUUUAAGGAGGAUCGUCCCCUUAACAUCCGACUUGGAUUUGGUGUUAUAAGGGAUGCAUUGGAGCCCGAUUUUGAACAUCCAUAUGACCAAUGGGUACUCUGA